AUGACGCAGCAACUCCAUGAACACCCCUUUCUCCUUCUCUCUCAAUCUCUCUCCAUUCUCUCUCUCUCUCAGUCAUUGAUUUGCAAGUUUUUGGUGAAUGAUACCGUAAAUGGCUUCAGCUUCAGCUUCUCUAUCUACUUAUAGUUGGACUGAUUUCACCUUUCUUCGGCCGGGAUGCAACCGCAAGCUUAGAGUCACUCUUUCUAAGACAACUCUAUGUAAAUGCAGUAAUCAUCAAUUUCGAACAAGAGCGGUUCAGAGAAAAGAGGUUACAGUUGAACAGAGAGAUAAAUCAUUGAUUGGUGAAGUAGACGGGCGUGUUGUUGUUAACGGAAGUGUUAAAGAAAGUUCUGUUAACAGAGGAAGAGUUAAUGUGAUUGAAAGUGAGAACAGAGCCACCAACGGCACUUUGCUCAAGUACGGGAAUGGGAAUGGUGUUCCGACGAAGAACUUCGAAGCAACGGUUGGAUUGAAUAGGGCGGAAGGAUCGAGGAAGAAGACUAUAGAGGAGAUAGGACAGGAGGAAUCGUGGUUCAAGCGAAGCGGAACACAACAGGUUGAGGUCUCUGUUACCCCUGGUGGCCGCUGGAAUAGAUUUAAGACAUACUCCACCAUUCAAAGGAGUUUGGAAAUAUGGGGAUUUGUUUUCUCUUUUAUCUUCAAGGCUUGGUUGAACAAUCAAAAGUUUACUUAUCGAGAUGGAAUGACGGAGGCAAAGAAAGUUCAGAGGCGAAAAACACUUGCCAAGUGGUUAAAGGAAAGUAUAUUGAGAUUAGGUCCUACAUUCAUCAAAAUUGGCCAGCAGUUCUCAACAAGGGUUGAUAUUCUACCUCAAGAAUAUGUUGACCAGUUGUCAGAACUUCAGGAUCAAGUUCCUCCCUUCCCUUCAGAUACUGCCGUGUCUAUAGUUGAGGAAGAACUUGGAGCCACCUUAAAUAAUGUCUUUGAACGGUUUGAUUAUGAACCUAUUGCUGCUGCUAGUCUUGGUCAGGUACACCGUGCUAAACUUAGGGGGCAAGAAGUUGUGGUAAAAGUGCAAAGGCCCGGGCUGAAGGAUCUUUUCGAUAUUGAUCUAAAAAAUCUGAGGGUAAUUUCUGAAUAUCUCCAGAAAGUUGACCCAAAGUCAGACGGUGCUAAGAGAGACUGGGUUGCAAUUUAUGACGAGUGUGCAAGUGUAUUGUAUCAGGAGAUUGACUAUACUAAGGAAGCAGCUAAUUCUGAAAGAUUUGCUAAUAAUUUCAGAAACAUGGACUAUGUAAAAGUACCAUCAAUAUACUGGGAUUAUACUACGCCACAGGUACUUACAAUGGAAUAUGUCCCAGGCAUUAAAAUAAACAGAAUUCAGGCUUUGGACCAGUUGGGUGUUGAUCGUAAAAGGUUGGGCCGCUAUGCAGUAGAAUCCUAUCUGGAGCAGAUUUUGUCUCAUGGUUUCUUCCAUGCUGAUCCACAUCCUGGAAAUAUAGCCGUUGAUGAUGUUAAUGGUGGAAGGUUGAUUUUUUAUGAUUUUGGAAUGAUGGGAAGUAUAAGUUCCAAUAUAAGAGAGGGUUUACUGGAGGCAUUUUACGGGAUAUAUGAGAAGGAUCCAGAUAAGCUUCUCCAAUCAAUGAUACAGAUGGGUGUUCUUGUACCUACUGGUGAUAUGACAGCUGUUAGAAGAACAGCCCAAUUCUUCUUGAAUAGCUUUGAGGAGCGACUUGCUGCACAGAGAAGGGAAAGAGAGAUGGCAACAACAGAACUUGGAUUCAAAAAGCCUCUGAGCAAGGAGGAGAAAAUAGAAAAAAAGAAGCAGCGGUUAGCAGCAAUAGGGGAAGAUUUGUUAUCAAUUGCUGCUGAUCAACCUUUCAGAUUUCCUGCCACCUUCACAUUUGUUGUUAGAGCAUUUUCAGUGUUGGAUGGCAUUGGGAAAGGUCUCGAUCCUCGUUUUGAUAUUACUGAAAUUGCUAAGCCUUAUGCAAUGGAAUUAUUGAGAUUCCGCGAAGCAGGUGUUGAAGUUAUAAUAAAGGACUUCAGAAAACGAUGGGACCGCCAAUCCCAAGCAUUUUAUAACUUGUUUAGGCAGGCUGAUAGAAUUGAAAAAAUGGCAGAAAUUAUCCAGCGGCUGGAACAAGGUGAUUUAAAGCUUCGAGUGAGAACUUUGGAGUCUGAAAGGGCUUUCCAGCGUGUUGCAGCCACUCAGAAGACUAUAGGAAGUGCAGUAGCUGCUGGGACUCUAGUAAAUCUGGCAACAAUGUUGUAUAUCCACUCAAUUAAGGUUCCGUCUAUUGCGGCAUAUCUAUUCUGCGCUUUCUUCAGUUUACAAGUUCUUCUUGGCAUCAUCAAAGUGAAAAGAUUGGAUCAAAGGGAGCGGUUAAUAACAGGAACUGCUUAAGUAAAUGGAGGCAGUUAUGUUUGGAAAUAUGCAGGUAGGUUGUUGGAACAAAUAUACUUCAUACGAAAUUCCAUGCUAAGUGAAUGACCAAAAAAGAGGCGGAGGGGGGGUUAACAACAUCGUUAGUGGUGCCGAUGAAUUAUGCAUUCCACUCUCCUCCUGCUUAUUGAUUAAAAGAUAUAUGGGUAAAGGUUAUUUGGGUAAGUCAAUUAUCUAUAAACAUUUAGAUAAUAUUUGUGUAGUAACUCAAGGCUGGCUAAUCAUAUAUGUUGUUUACUGAUCAUCAUCACCAUAGUAGGUGAUUCCAGUAUGUGUUUGUGUAUUUGAUGGAUGAUAAGUUAACUGUUUAUAGUAGAAAAAUAAAUGUGAUUGUACCAUACAAGUGGGUUUGUGUCUCUUUCAUGUAUACAUGUUUGCCAACUUGAUGCUGAAAUAUUUGGCUCAGUUUUCCAUA